UCAGGUUGACAGUCCCUGCGCAUACAGCAGAAGUUUCUCAAAAACUCUUUUCUUGAAAUGUUCAACAAUUUACAAACUAUGAUAAAGCGUGAAAACAUCAACCCAACCGAGGCGGAAUUUUUGCCUCCUCUACGGCAGCCCCAUUCGUUAAAGGAGGGUGAACGUGAACACACAGAACAUACAAGCGAUCAAAAGAUGAACAUUACAUCAAAGGCUAGUCCCAACAGUCAGGAAACAGGCGACCCAUCAAUCCAACAGGCCAACAAUCAAAAGCUAGAUACAGUGGAAACGACUAGCGCCGGCGACAGCAAUUCAUCGCAAGACUACAAUGGAGAAGGUAUCGGGAGCAAGUUUAAGAAAUUCGUGUUCUGCAGAAAACCUUCCACAGCCGGAGAGCGUAAAAAAACAGAAAAAGAACGCAAAGCCCGACAAAUGCGACGCCUGCGAAAAUGGUUGACUCCGAAAAAUGCAGUUGUAGCUUUACACGAACUACAUGGCCCAGGAAUGCCGGAGUUCUGCAUCAAAACAACCGGCCAAGAAACAAAGGCAGAAAUUGUUAUCAACAACAUAAAGUAUGAAGCCACAGCGGCGAACAAAACUCUCGCUAAAGCUAGAGCCUCAGAGCAAGCACUACGAGACAUGGCUAUAGCCGAAAUGACAAAGGCUCAGCAAACGGAAUCUAAAGCUGGCGAGACAGCUAUGGACUGUGAAUCGAUUGAUUAUCUGACGGACAAUGUGCCUAUGAUGCACCUCGCUUCCUUUGCCCUCUACAAAUUAUUUUCCGAAUGGCAGAAUGAUGGAUUCGAUGUUCCUGCUAUCAAAGCACCUAAGCCGAAAGCUCCCACAUCGACUGAGGUUGUGCAAAAUUCGCUGGCUCCAAAAGUACCCAAAACAAUUGCAGACCUGCCUUCCGACGCUGCUCAACGCCAUCCUACAGCCUUGCUUGCCUAUAUGCGGCCGCAAAUCCCCUAUGAAGAUCUAGGAUUUCUUGGAAAUGACACCGAGAGUAAAAUCUUUGUUGCAAGCAUUACAGUGGAUGGUACUGUCUUCGAAGGCCAGGGUAGGUCUAAAAAAUUAGCCAGGAAAGCGGCAGCGUCCCGCGCUUGUAGCGAGCUGUUCGGCGUUGUAUUUGACGCAGGAGUUCUAGAUUAAUUCCUGAUAAGUAUGUAAAUGCUCGUCGAAACACCCUUGGAUACAAGUAAAUUUACAAAGCAGUGCAGGAGAGUAAUUUGCUUACGAUUGGAUUAUCAAUUUCUAUUUUAUACUGGGUUUUAAAUCAAGCACUAAACUAUAUUUUUCCUCUGUUAAUAAUACCUAUCUCUUAACUACGCAGCUAUUAGCAUUGUUGAAGAAUGUUAAGACCCCCUAUACGUUAAAAUUGUACAUGAUACCACUAGUUGGUCUUUUAUCCACGGCUGUCGCCUUCAUAUUUUAAUAGACACGUCUUCAUACAUCCUAGUCACGCCAUACUGUUUGCCGUGAUACAAAUGGCUUUGUUUUUUAAUGAAUUUUGGUCAUAUAUCAGUCACGAACUGAGAAUUUCGGUCCUGUUCGGUUUUUGUGUUCAUCUUUCAAAUUGUAACACAACAUGCAAAAUCUGAUGGACAAUUUUGGGGUGUAGGGAGGCUUAAUGCUCACAGUUUCACCUCGCUAGACAAUCUCAGUCUUGUUGAUUUGCUGCCCUUCUAUUAUUCCAACGAUCAUUAAACUUGCAAUAAGAUACUACUUCCAUAAAACUCCGUCCAGACGAUGACGAAUGUUGGAGAAUUUCUCGACGAGAACUUCGCAAACAAACGUCAUCCCAUACAAAUCCGGCGAGAAGUUAUCGCGAUAACUGCAAUGCACGUGUAGAGAGCGAGCAAGCGAGAACGAGCGAGAACUUCUUUUGGAGCUGUCAAAUCGUAUGUAAACAGUAGGGCAAGAAAGUU